AUGAACUUGUACGCGACAGGCUUUAAUGCCUGGAACCAGCUGUGCUUCCAUUCUUUAGAGGACCAACAGCAACAACAGCCUGGUGACUUGUACAAGCUCACCCAUGCGUUGAGUGACAAGAAAAUAGAAGCAGUCGAGCCAUACCUGACUUAUACAUACGUCGAGACCUGCAGCGGGGUCAAGACUGCCGGCGCUGUGCCUCAAGAGCAUGUAACUUUUAGGGAGCAGUUUGGGAGGUUUGCCCUGGCGGCAAACAAUUCUGUCAUAGCGCUUGUUGACACAACUCACCUGAGCCAAUACAAUUCGAUAUACUCAGCGCUCUCAGGAACAUCUCCCACGAGGACGCACGAGUUCGUCGGGUAUAUCGAUAAGUUCGUAGCAUACGACGUAGGCUUCGCAGUUUUGACUAACGCCGGUGAGGUCUGGACUUGGGGCGACGAGAGAUAUCCUGGAUGCUUAGGUCGCGUAGUAUCUGCUGAAAGUCCCGCAUCGCUUCCAGGACGAGUGACCGACUUGGAAGAGCUCCCCACUGGCAAAAUCAUAAAGAUAGCCGCGGGUGGCUACACAUUGGCAGCGAUAACUGGCGGACAUGAUCUGUAUUGCUGGGGUGGCCACCCAGGUCGGAAGCAAAUUAUAGAAGGUGUCUCGCCUUCCCUGGGCCCGGUACCGGUCGUUGUGCAGGACGACAGUGAUGUAGUGGAUGUCGCGGUGGGAGAUUCGCACGCAAUAGUGCUGACCAAUAAAGGGGAGGUUUUUGUCACGGGGGAAAACGCCAACGGCCAGCUUGGCGUAGUAGACUCUCCUGCCCAAUCUAAUGGCGCAUGGAUCAAGGUCAACCUAAACCUGGAAAACGAAGCUCCAGUAGGGGUUGCCGCGAGCCCCAGAGCGUCCUUCAUCACGACAAAAUUGAGUUGA